UACCCCACAACCCCCACUAACCCCAAAGCUAGUAGAGAGGCUUUUUGGGUUACCAGCAUCACCAAGGCAGGCAGGCAGGCAGCCAGCCAGUGUUAAGAAAAGAAAGACAUAAUGAGAGUAGAAAUAAAAACAAAAGGUGGUAGAUGCAUGAGUAACAACAACAACAACUACAAUUACAAACACAAUCUUCACCUCUUUCUCUCUCUUUUUCUACCACACCCUCUUCACAAUCUCCCUUCUUCACCACCUUCUUCCCCCUUUUCAACUUAAAAAUCCUUCUUCUUUUCACCAAAAUCCCCAUUUCAGAUUCUUGAUUUUCUCGGUUUCCACGCUUCCUUCACCAACCACUUUUCUUCUUCUUGUUACUCCAGUCUUGUUGUAGUUUUAAGGCAUAAUUUGGUGAGCUAUGGUGAGCAUCCGAAGACGCAAGCUGUUAGGACUUUGCUCUGGACGAAGCACCUUCUUGGUUCCGCUGCCAAAGUUUUCUGAGAAUGGACACUUUGCUGAACAUCGUUUCUUCAACAACAAACCCACUAGUGUCUAUCCAAUGCCAUUAACUGAUAUUGAUGAGUCAAAAGAGAAAAUUGCUAUUAAGGUUGUUCCUGGAUCAUCGAAUAGUCAUGCCUCUGGCUCCUUGAUGGAGCAGACCGCUCAACAAUUGCCAGAAGUUAAACGCAGAAAGCGACACAGGAGAAAGCACUUUGAAAACCAAGAACCAUGUCUUAUGAGAGGUGUGUACUUUAAAAAUAUGAAAUGGCAAGCUGCAAUAAAAGUUGAUAAGAAACAAAUCCACUUGGGUACAGUCGGCACUCAAGAAGAAGCUGCUAGACUGUAUGACAGGGCUGCUUUUAUGUGUGGGAGGGAACCGAAUUUUGAACUUUCAGAGGAGGAGAAGCAGGAACUAAGACAUUUCAAGUGGGAUGAUUUUUUGGCAUUUACACGCUCAGCGAUUACUAAUAAGAAAACUCGAAGAAGAAGUGGGGCUGGUGCACGGAGGAAAUCUGAGCCUUUAACUUCAGCACAGAACAGUGAGGAGGAUGAGGAAGAGGAGGGAGGGGAGCCGGAAAGCAAUGGUUUUUCAGCCUCUGAAGAUUUAGAGCACGGCAUGUUGUUCUCUUGAUGCCCUCCUCUCGCAUCCAUUUUGUGCACGCUGAAAAAUUAGUUCUACUGAUUCUGUUAAGCUGUUCAACCAUGUACUUACAACUCGAUGAUUCUGGUAUUCGUAUAGAUUUUACACAAAUAUAGGUGCCCCUAGUAGGGUGGAUGAUGAUAUAUUGUCUUUCUAUUUGCAAAGUUAAUUGAAUUUGAUCACAAGUAUGUUAUUGUGCAUGCCUCCAGACCUAUUGUCAUGCUUGAUGAACUUUGACAUAUGAAAGUGACUUUGAUCGA